GUUUUCAGUCAAUGUAGCCCUGUUGUAACACUGAUUUUACUGUAUACCACGCACUAAAUGUAUGUCGGUUGACGUAACAGCUGCAUUAACGAAUCACAAACUUCCGAUAGCGGAGAAGCGUGAUUACGUCAUUCACGGAGCGAGGAGCUGUAGUAACGGACCAGUGUGCACGUUAGAUGUUAGCUGACUUCCAGCAGUGGUUAUUAAUCGGUGAGAUGAAGACACUAGUCGUAGGAGUCGGUGGGAUUACCAAUGGGGGGAAAUCAACUCUUUCCAAGAGUUUACACCUGCAGAUACCCAACAGCUGUCUCAUUGCACAGGAUUCAUAUUUUAAGGAUGAUUCCGUGGUGCCAGUGGACACCAAUGGGUUCAAGCAAUAUGACAAGCUCGAUGCUCUCCUCAUGGACACGAUGAUGGGCGAGGUCGACUCGUGGAGGAGAGAUCCCGAGGCCUUUCUGAGGCGGCGAGGUCCGAACCCAGAGCGCACGACACCAUCAGCGGAUGAGGCGGUCCAUGUGCUGAUAGUCGAGGGCUUCCUCAUUUUCAACCACGGCCCUCUGAAUGAGCUGUUUUACAAGAGAUACUUCAUGGAGAUACCCUACGAUGUCUGUAAAAGGAGACGAAGUUCGAGGGUUUACACUCCUCCCGAUCCUCCUGGGUACUUUGAUGGACACGUGUGGCCAAUGUACCUGAAAAACCGGCAGGAGAUGGAGAGCAUGGGGACUGAAAUCUUAUUUCUGGAUGGACUGAAGCCGAAAGAAGAACUUCUGGCUCAUGUGUACAGAGAUGUUUGUCAGGAAAUAGAAAGGCUUAGAGGUAAGUUGCAAACCAAAUUAAACAAUGCAUCAACAACACAUCAUACCUACUUGUUGUGGCUUCAGGAGAGACUCUUAGCUUAAGCUAAGGCAAAGUAUUUAAGGCUAUUUUAGUUAUUUAGCUUAACACACAUUGUUUUUAUUUUGUUUUCAGAGAAACACUGAUAUAUAAGAGUGUGAUCGCCGCUCCCGUGGAUGUGAGGGAAGGUGUUAACGUCUAUCCAACAGAUACAAUUAUAAAACUGUGCAUGAGAAUUAAUGCAGGGACUGGAAUUGUUGGUGGUCGACAAAUGUAAUAUCUUACAAGUAUUCAUAUCUUGCUGCGUUUUUAUAAUAAUGUACAAUGGAUUUUUACAACAUUUUUUUUAAUCGGACAUGUACAUACUGUGUACAUAAUAAAUACACAACCAAAUACUGUU